AUGGCCCCAAUGAUCUCGACGCUGCGGCGCGCAGCCAUCGUCCUUCCACUCGCGUGGACAGGCGCAUGGCUAGGAUACUAUGCUUACACCGAUACUCUCCGUCGCUCGCACAUUCGCCAAAGGAACGCCGAGCUGAAGAACACGCUUGCGGACCUCCCUGUCGACGCUGCCGCGCCGGCUACGCAGGAAGAGAAGGAUGCCAUCAAGCGUCGCUUCUCGAGCCUCAAGUUUGCCGGUCGCUUCUGGAACCCCUACGUCGAGUGGCGCGAACAGGGCGCUUGGGAAUGGGCCUGGUGGAAGCUCAUUCUCAGCACCAUCAACGGCAAGCUCUUCUUCUUUGACGGCGACCUCCCGGCCGAGCGUCCUAUUCCAGACCUGCCCAUGGCCCGCCCCGACUUUAAGCUUCUCUACGGCUCGCACACGGACGAUACCAUCACAAAGUACGAGCAUGUGGACCCUCACCCCGAGACCCACACCCAGCGUACUCUGAACCACCACCACGAACACAACGGAACGGCCAACGGUACUGCGAACGGUGCUGCAAACGGCGCUGCGAACGGCGCUGCGAACGGCGCUGCGAACGGCGAUGCUCACCAAGAGAUCAUCCGUACCCGCACGCAGGUUGGCGGUGCCGACAUUGAUAUUACGGACAAGCUUACUCUCACCUGGCUGGGCCAGUCGACGUCGUACGUGACGCUCGACAAGCUCGCUAUUCUCACCGACCCCGCACUCCAAGACCGCACUAUUCCCUCGGCCCUCGCUCCCCAGCGUAUCCGUCCUGCUCCCUGCACCCUUGACGAGCUCAAGCGCGUCGACCUUGUCCUCGUUUCGCACAACCACUAUGACCACCUCGACCCCGAGGCCGUCAAGGAGCUGGGCGACAGCUGCGAGUGGGUGGUCCCCACUGGCGCUGGCGGCUUAUUGCGCGAGCUUGGCGUGACCCGCGUCACUGAGCUUGACUGGUGGCAGGAGACCAAGCACGUCCUCUCGCGUCCUGGCCAGGAGGACAGGUCGUACACCAUCACCGCUGUUCCCGUGAUGCACUGGUCUGCCCGUUCGCCGGCCGACACCAACGCCACCCUCUGGUCGGCCUUCCACGUCAAGUCGGACGGCGACAAGCCCCGUUCCUUCAUCCACCUCGGCGACACUGGCUACUCGCCGACCCUUUACGAGGCUGUCGGACGCGUCUUUGGGCCCGUCGACCUCGCCGCUAUCCCUAUUGGAAGCUACGAGCCCCGCUGGCACAUGCACCUCCAGCACACGGACCCCGAGGGUGCCGUGCGCAUGGCACUCGACCUGGGCGCCAAGAAGAGCGUCGGCGUCCACUGGGGCACGUGGAUCAUGUCGGAUGAGAGCUACAACCUGCCGCCUGUGGACCUGGCCAAGGCGCGCCAAAAGCUCGGCAUGAAAGACGACGCAUUCGUCACUCUGCCUGUUGGCGAGACGAUGGUUGUCGAGUAG